GUUGCGAUACCGGGAGGGGGCGCAGAGAUGCUGUCUGUGGUGCGUUACCUGGGCAGUGCCUGCGGACGGGCCCUCGGGGGCUUCCCCGGGGGCUUUGCGGCGAGUAGGCCCGCGGCGGGGAGGCCCAGGUCUCUGUGCCAAGGUAGCCGAAGAGCCAGCACCAGCUCAUUUGAUAUAGUCAUUAUUGGUGGCGGAAUUGUGGGUCUUGCCUCUGCCAGAGCACUCAUUCUGCAACAUCCGACACUUUCCAUUGGUGUUCUGGAAAAAGAGAAAGAUUUAGCUGUUCACCAGACUGGACAUAAUAGUGGUGUCAUACAUAGUGGGAUAUAUUAUAAACCUGGAUCUCUGAAAGCUAAAUUGUGUGUGCAAGGUGCAGCCCUCAUCUAUGAGUAUUGUAACCAAAAGGGAAUUCCCUACAAGCAAUGUGGCAAGCUUAUAGUAGCUGUUAAACAAGAAGAAAUUCCUAGGCUUCAGGCUCUGUAUGAGAGAGGCCUGCAGAAUAGUGUCCAGGGCCUGAAGCUGAUCCAGUCAGAGGAUAUAAAAAAGAAGGAGCCAUAUUGUAGGGGUCUAAUGGCUAUUGACUGCCCAUAUACUGGCAUUGUGGACUAUCAGCAGGUGGCUUUGUCAUUUGCCCAGGAUUUCCAAGAAGCAGGUGGCUCUGUUUUGACUAAUUUUGAAGUAGAAGGCAUUGAAAUGGCUAAAGAAAGUCCUUCAAGAAGUGAAGAUGGCAUGAAAUACCCGAUUGUUAUAAGGAAUUCAAAGGGAACUGAAGUUCGAUGUCAGUAUGUUGUGACAUGUGCGGGACUUUACUCAGACCGUAUUUCAGAGUUGAGUGGCUGCAGUCCUGAUCCUCGUAUUGUUCCAUUCCGGGGAGAUUAUCUGCUCUUGAAACCAGAAAAAUGCUACCUUGUAAAAGGAAACAUUUAUCCGGUCCCAGAUAGCCGGUUUCCUUUCUUAGGAGUUCACUUCACACCCAGGAUGGAUGGCAGUAUUUGGCUUGGGCCUAAUGCAGUUCUUGCCUUUAAACGGGAGGGCUACAGACCCUUUGACUUCAGUGCCAGAGAUGUUAUGGAUAUACUUCUAAAGAGUGGCUGUACUAAACUGGUACAACAGAAUUUCUCCUAUGGAGUUAAAGAAAUGUAUAAAGCCUGCUUUCUCAGUGAAACAGUGAAGGACCUUCAAAAGUUUAUUCCUGAAAUCACUAUCAGUGAUGUGGUUAGAGGUCCAGCUGGUGUAAGAGCCCAAGCUCUAGAUAAAGAUGGAAACCUGGUAGAAGAUUUUGUAUUUGAUGGAGGAGUUGGGGAUAUUGGAAAUCGUAUUCUUCAUGUGAGAAAUGCGCCUUCCCCUGCUGCUACUUCUUCCCUUGCGAUUUCUGGAAUGAUUGCAGAUGAAGUACAGCAAAGAUUUAAAUUAUAAAUAAUGAAAGGAGUUAGCCUCGGUGAUUACAUUGAUUGAGCUACCUCAUCCAUUAAUUUGGAAGGCUACAUAUCAUCAGCUCAUGCUCAAGAAGUAGCACAUCCUAGGUGAAUAUACUAGGCAAUUAUCUGAUUGAGAUGAAUGUAUCAAAAACAUUCACAGAAGAACAAACCCUAAUGGCUCUUCAUAAAAACUGAUUACUCUAAGAAAUGAGACAUGCAGAAUGUUUUUCUAUUCUAAGACUAUCAAGAAAUGUAAAAUAAUACAAAUUUUCAAUUUAUCAACUGUAAUAUUGCAUAUACACUAAACUGUGAAAGACUGAAAUUGUAAAAAUAAUUUACAAUUUUUAAAUUAAUAAAGCAAUCUUUAUUCCAUAUGGGUCUGUACGAUCCCCCCCCAAUUAAAGUGAAAAAAUUAUUGAAAGUGCUUCAUAUAUGUAUCCUGUUUGUAAAACAUUUCAUAUUUGUCAGCAGGAUUUUAUUGUGUAAUACUGAUAUAUAUGUUUUGUGUAUU